UUUUCAACCAUGCUGUUUAUUCCUAAAAAUGUAUUUUUUUUUAAAUGAUCUUUUUAUCUUUCUGAUUGUUAGGCACAGUGUACCCUGGAACAAAUAAUGAAUUUAAAUAAUUUUGAAAGCUUUUUUAAAGUGAAAGACAAUUUGUGCUACCGUAUAAUUUUUCCUCUGCCUGCUUAGUGAGUAAGGCAAAGAAGACUCCUUUCUUCUUUUCAGCUAUUGGAGAAGUCUACUAUAGGUCACUGCCUAAAAUAUUGCCCAGUGCUUUCGUUAAAAAAAAAAAUAAAUAAAUAAAAAUACAGAUCCUUUAAAAAACACUGAGCCAGGAAAAACAAAAACCCUCGUCUCACUAACACAAGCGUUACCUGAGCUACCUACGCUACCUGGCUCCAAAUAAACACUUGUGAAAUAAAGUUUUGUUAGACUGAGGAGGUAACCAUAGCAACUGUACUCAGCUUGAGUGCUUUCCAUUAGGAUCAGUAUGGGACGGUACAUUGGCACAUACAGUAGGUACUGUCAUCAUUUGUCACUUUAUUACAGAUUUAUGCAUCAGAUAUACAUUACAAAAACAUUGUUUUUAAAAAGACAUUAAGUAGAUAUUGUAGUUAUCGUUUAAAAGUUGGCUGAAAGUAUGCACAUCUGCUCAUAAAACAACAACAUGCUAUAGCUCAUUUAGCUUUUAACCCAUUUAGCAGUUAACUUAAUGCAGUAUAAUGGAACAAUUUCCUGAGUGUUCUUUGUUGUCUGUCAGUUCAGUGGAUAUUCAAGGUAAUAUAUAUUGCCUGGCUGGAAUAUCCAUUGCCUGUUUUAUCUUAACGUAGUUGAACAUAAUAAAUCUAAUCUCUAAUAAUCAGGGUUACGAAUUGAUUUAUAUAGUAUGAGCAAAAGUAAUAGUGAUGCUUGCUUUAGCAAGAACCACUAAAAAUCUGUAUGAUCUUCCUGUUUAUGGGGAAAUGGAAUUACAUUACAUCAUUACUUUGAAGUUCAGCAGUUAGAAAUCAAUCAUGUAGAUGCUUUUAUGAUUAUAGGAAGAGCUGAUAAAUGGAAUGAACUCUCUAUCUCUCCUCCUCUGUCUCUGUACCGUGGUUCUGUACGCAAUAAGCUACCUAAAUCCCCAGCCCUGGAUUACAGUUCUGAGGGGAUUUAAGUGUCGGCUUGACAGGUGUUGCACAGUCAAUAAGUUAGCAUCUUUACUAGUACGGCAUCGCACAGCAUGUCAUCAGAAAGACAGAUCCACCCUAGACUGCAGAUGCUAAAACUGUUCUGAUGCCUGCAAGACUAUCCAUCAAAUCCUGCGGGUUUGGACGUAUAGUUUGUGUUCUUGCCGUCAGAUUUUCUCGGGAAACGUUGUCGGAUGGAGGUUUGCCUAGAGCUUUGUUUGAAAAAGUGAUUGUAGGGAUAUAAAGGCAGGAAGUCAGAAGAAGCAAAGCGUGAGAAAGAAAUCAAGGACACGCUGCUAAGUCAGCAACAACUCAGAGCGAUGUGCGCCGCUGUCCUGCCUGCCAGUUCGGUCACUUCUGCUGCGAUGCCCCCAACAUUAGCGCCUGAAAUGAAGCCAGUGCCUGCCACCAAGCCAGCAACACCUCUAGCCCGAGUAUCAACCCCAUUGGUGGCAAAUGCCUACUCUAAGGCUCUCCAAAAGCUGACCCUGUCAAGACUCAUGGCGGGAUUCUUUUGGACUGGGGAUAAUACUGUGUAUGGAUCCAAAUGGAAGCUAGGAUUAUUUGUGGAGAAAUGCAUGAGCUCCAUGCAGACGGGCACUCAGAUGGUGAAACUGCGUGGAGGAUCCAAAGGCCUGGUGCGCUUUUUCUACUUGGACGAACACAAGUCCUGCAUCCGCUGGCGACCCUCUAGGAAGAACGAGAAAGCCAAAAUCUCAAUCGACUCCAUUCGGGAGGUGUGUGAGGGGAAGCAGUCUGAGAUUUUUCAGCGGUACUCUGACGGUAGCUUUGAUCCUAACUGCUGCUUCAGCAUCUACUAUGGCGAGCACAUGGAGUCCCUUGACCUGGUGUCAGGUACAGGAGAAGAAGCUCGCACCUGGAUCACUGGCCUUAAGUACCUUAUGGCCGGCAUCAGUGAUGAAGACAGUCUGGCCAAACGACAACGCACUCGUGACCAAUGGCUAAAGCAGACCUUCACAGAGGCUGAUAAGAAUGGAGACGGCUGCCUCAGCAUCAGUGAAGUCCUACAGCUCCUGCACAAGCUCAAUGUCAACCUGCCCAGACAAAAAGUCAAACAGAUGUUUAAGGAGGCAGACACUGAUGACAACCAAGGCACUUUGGGAUUUGAGGAGUUCUGCUCUUUCUAUAAGAUGAUGUCGACGCGGCGUGAUCUCUACCUGCUGAUGCUAACCUACAGCAACCAUAAAGACUACCUGAAUACAGAUGACCUCAAACGCUUCCUUGAGACUGAACAAAAGAUGACAAGUGUCUCAAAAGAGCACUGCCUUGAAAUUGUUUCCAAGUUUGAGCCUUGUCCUGAAAACCAGACACUGGGUGUUCUGGGUAUUGACGGUUUUACAAAUUACAUGCGCAGUCCUGCUGGGGACAUCUUCAACCCUGAGCAUCACGAGGUAAACCAGGACAUGACGCAGCCCCUCAGUAACUACUUUGUUGCUUCCUCCCACAACACCUACCUGAUGGGCGACCAGCUCAUGUCCCAGUCUCGGGUGGAUAUGUACGCCUGGGUGCUGCAGGCCGGCUGCAGAUGUGUGGAAGUGGAUUGCUGGGAUGGACAGGAUGGAGAACCAAUCGUACAUCAUGGCUACACACUGACAUCCAAAAUCCUUUUUAAAGAUGUUAUUGAGACCAUCAACAAAUAUGCAUUCAUCAAAAACCAGUAUCCAGUGAUUCUUUCCAUUGAGAAUCACUGCAGUGUCCCUCAGCAGAAGAAGAUGGCUCAGUAUCUGACUGAAGUGUUUGGUGAUAAACUGGACACAUCCUCCAUCCCCACAGACCCAUCUGGACUUCUGCCUUCACCUGAAGCCCUAAAAGGCAAAAUACUGAUCAAGGGUAAAAAACUGUCGGCAAAUAUAGAUGAGAAUGCAGAGGAGGGGGACGUGUCUGAUGAAGAUAGUGCAGAUGAGAUGGAAGACGACUGUAAGCUGAUGAAUGGAGAUACAUCUAUGAACAGGAAGCAGGCAGAAAAUGUUGCAAAGAAAAAAUUAGAUAACCUCAUGAAGGAGUCAAAGAUUCGUGACCGGGAAGAUCCAGACAGCUUUACCAUCGCAUCCCUGCCACCCACGGGAAAACAUGACAAAUCACCGCUGAAGGGGAAAGCAGAAGACAGUACUGACACUGGAGAUGAGGCCAAUGUUGGCGGCAACAAACGUCUGGCUAAAUCUUUCAUGGGGAGCUUUUCCAAACGCAAGAAAAAGACGAGUAAACUGAGAAAAUCCACCAGUUUUGAGGAUACAGACACAGAUCAGGAGAGCUCGAGUGGGGCGUCUAAAGCACCAGUGCAUCACAGCAGAAAGAAAAAAACCAUGAAGUUGUCAAGAGCACUUUCUGAUCUGGUAUACACAAAAUCUGUGGGUACACCAGACUUUGAAGCACAAGUGGGCAGCUGUAGUUGGCAGGUGUCAUCGAUGAGCGAGACCAAGGCCCAUCAGUUAAUUCAGCAGAAGCCGGUGCAGUUCAUCCGAUUCAACCAGCGCCAACUCUCCCGCAUCUACCCCUCCCCUUAUCGUGUGGACUCCAGCAACUUCAACCCACAGCCCUUCUGGAACGCUGGCUGCCAUCUGGUUGCUUUGAACUACCAGUCAGAGGGCAGAGUGCUACAGCUCAACAGAGCCAAGUUUAAUUGCAAUGGCAACUGUGGUUACAUCCAGAAACCUAACUGUAUGUGUGAAGGUUCUUUUAAUCCAAUGGCUGAGGAUCCUUUACCAGGUCGGUUGAAAAAACAAUUGAUUCUUAAGGUCAUCAGUGGCCAGCAAUUACCCAAACCCAAAGACUCCAUGCUGGGUGACCGAGGAGAGAUAAUUGACCCAUUUGUGGAAGUGGAGAUUAUUGGUCUACCAGUGGAUUGCUGCAAAGAGCAAACCAGAGUGGUUGAUGACAAUGGAUUUAAUCCUAUGUGGGAGGAGACACUCGUCUUCACUCUUCACAUGCCAGAGAUUGCUCUUAUACGCUUCCUGGUUUGGGAUCAUGACCCGAUUGGCCAAGAUUUUAUUGGCCAGAGGACUAUCGCAUUUAACAGCAUGGUUCCAGGUUACCGGCAUGUGUAUUUGGAAGGCAUGGAGGAAGCUUCCAUCUUUGUUCAUGUUGUAGUGAAUGACAUCACCAGUAAGGUUCGAGCAGUCAGUGGUAUAAAAGGACUGUUUCACAGAAACCCAAAGCAGGCAUCUCUCGACAGCCAUGCUGCUGCUCUGCUCAACCGUAAGACCACCUUCGGUGCUCACCUCCUGCGCCGCACAGCCAGUGCACCCACCAAGGGCCAACCCAAAGUCAAGAGGGGCUUCCCUGAGAUCUCCAUUGACACAAAAGAUUGCAGCUCGGAGGGUGCCAGUGAGGAGCGGGAAUCGGAAGAGGGGCCACUUGUCCACCACAAUGGAGAUAGCGCAUCUGCAAAAUCAUGGGGUCACGGCACCAACGGGCAGCUUCACCCUGAUGACAGUAAAGAAAAUUCUGAAAUGCAGAGUCCAAAUCCAUCUCUGAACACCUCAUGUCUGGAAUCCAUUACGGAGCUAUUUCAGGAGAACACUCCUUUGACCUCCACACAAAGUCCUGUGGAUACCACACCACAUUGUCCCUCCACUACAUUGUCUUCACCAUCCACAGCAAUAACAACAUCUUACAAUGGGGAAAAUCUUAGCCCUGUGAAAAAUAAUGAGGACAUUCUGAAAUCAUUUGCACAAACUGAGUAUAUUGGUCCAUACAGCAUCAGUGGCAAGGAUUCUGGGAACAGCCACAUCAACUCUUCACUUUCCACAAAUUACCUUGACAUUGGAUGUGAUACACCCCCUCUUCCAGACCAGGCAGAUGGUGAGGUUGUGCAAAAAGCAGUCAUUGACCUCAACAUUGCUGAAAUAAAAAGUGGACAGACUGUAGAGAUAGAUGCUGUAAAGGCAACGACUGCCAAUCAGAGCUCUCAAAGGAUUCAGGCAUUGAAGGGGGUGUUCGACAGAGACAUCGGACGAAGCAUGCAAACAGGACUGAGGACCCCUGUCAGACGGACCAAAAGUGAAGGACAAAUGAAGGCAGUGAAAAAAGCAGACAUCCCAUCAGUGGUCCCCGAAGUCUCUAUUGACGCCACUUUAAAUGACAGGCUCUGGAGCAAACUCGACCCCAGCAGCCAUCGAGAUAGUGUGUCAUCGUCUUCCAGCAUUUCAUCCAGUGACACUGUGAUAGAUUUGUCCUUGCCCAACCUUUCCAGGAAGAGCCUUACCUGUCUUAGUGCUGCCCGGGACUACACGGACAACCAGGUAUCGUUGCCCAACAGGACCAGCCAGCCUCGGUCAACCAUUGCGGCAUGCAGCGUAUCACGCGUCAGCAAGAGCAAGUCCAACCCCAACCUGAGGGAUGGUGAGAUGUGCGAGCCAGAGGACGAGUUACAGCCUAGGCCUCUAGUGGCCGAGAAAGUCCCUAUCCGGCUCAUGCAGAGGCGCCACACGUGGAGUAGGUUGUACAUGGAGGGCUUAAAGCAGUCAUCUACGCUUGCUGCUGCUGGCUCCAAGAGGUUAACCACCCCCUCAACAAAAGAUAUGGACAGCAGCUCAAAAUCCAAGAGUCUUGGCGAUCUCACUUCAGAUGAUAUUGCCUGUAAUUUUGAGAGCAAGUACCGCAGCAUUAGUCGCAGUUUCAUUGUGAGGCCAAGCCGCCAACAAGGGAAAAUUCUAAGAAAACCCCAGAAUGACCUAACAGAGCAACUCAAGAGGCUCACUGAUGUGGAACCCCUUACAAGCAAAGACUUUGCUCAGUGCAGGGCCGAUUCCGAAGUGAGAGAGGAAGAAGAGGAGAUGCCUCCUUUGCGGAGGAGUUCUUCACGGAGCCAGAGCCGGGUGAGAUACAUUGCUAACCGUGCCAGGCAGGCCCAAGAGAGGCAGCGGCUACAAAGCCUAAUCAGGACAUCUGGGAGCCCCAUCGAGGAGCGUGGCAAUCCUGAAGGAGCCUGUAGUGUACCCCACAGUCCUUGUGCAAGCUUGGAUCUUCUGAGCCAGCUUCCACCAGGACCGCCCCAACAAAGCCCCCUGAGCCCAGACAAUGAGGUCUUCUUUAUGCUCAAGCUGUAAAAGGAUGAGAGUGUGUUGAGUAAAUGGACACAUGGUGGCCACCCCUCCACCUCUCAUUUGUUAAGAUACUCCUGUGGAUAUGUUGAGCAGUCAAACAUUUCUUAUGUGCACUUACUGUAAUACACCUUCCAUUUUUGGCUUGACGAAAGAAGUUAAAAGCACACUUUUUUGUCUUUUUUUUUUUUUUUUUGUCCAUGGUUGACCUACUCCCAACCCUGAAUAAUGAGCCGUUAAAAGGAGAUGAGAUGCUAAGCUUUAAACUUUAUAUUGGAUGCAACGGUUUGCUAGUUUGUACAAAUUAUUUGUAAAUGUGCAUGCAUCUGUUGAAAAAAAGCCAAAGGUGUAAAACCAGAGGAUUUUUUAUGGUGUAUAAAAAUAUACAAGGUUGCAAAUAGAAAUUAUUACAAAACUGAAACAUUCUAAAUUUAGAUUAUGCCUGUGGCAUUUGUGGUACUAUACUAUUAUUUUUUGUUUGUUUGUUGUAAGAUGCAGCCUAGUGCAGCAAUAGAUAAAAAAAUAUAAGCACUACUGAUUCACCACAAUGAUUCCCUGUAUUAAAGGGGUCAUGAAAUGCAGUUUCAGGUGUUUAUAUUCUGUUUCUCUAGGUUAGUUUAUGAAGUUUGCCAAGAUUUUUGUACCAAAAAAGAUUCAAUAUUUAUAAAAAUGAUAAUUUCCCAUCCUCAUUUUCAGUUUCUGUGGAAAAAACUAAAUUCCAAAGGCCGUUUCCUCUUGCAACAACAGAAGUAAAUGCACACUGCUGUGAUUGGCUAACUCCAUCGCACCAUAUCCACACCCUCCUUUACAGCAUAUCUUGUGUUUUGAUACUCGAGAUGGCAAGUGCUGUGAUAGAGCAGUAUAUAUGAGAGCCCAAGGAAGAAAAAAUCUCCAUACGUUUUAAAAUUUUAAUAUUCUUGUAGACUCAUAUUAAAAAAGACACUGCAGUUCAAAUGGGUUUAAGAAAUUACAUUGUUUCUUCUUCACUGGUUUAACAUUUAACACACCAUAAGAUUAAAAGUAAAUGUACUUGCCGGUGUUGUCUAUGAGGACAAAAUGCUUGGAAAAGAUAUUUGGAAAAACUGGCAACAUGUUGAGAAUAAUUCACAAAGCCUUCCUUUGUGAAAUGUGAAGCAUUUGCUCAGGCACAUCAUUAAAAAUAAACUUCAACCAUGCAUUUGUAGUGCUUGGAUCUUUAGGAAGGCUAUGCAAAGUUCUUUGAGGUGCGGUUUCUUUACAUCCACUGACAGAACAACAUCUGAUUUUGAUCUUUAUCCAACAGCAGUAUUGCGUGAACGGACAGACAUGAGUUGUUCAGAACACACCUCCUUGAUUAUAUACGACGAUGCAAAAGAAAGUGUUCAAUGGAAUUGUGACAUCACAAUUCUCCCGAUUUCAAAUCCGAAUGUUACAGAAGGGUAGAAAAGAAUAACUCAUGUGAUGUUAUAGUUUUGAGUUCUGAAAGGUUUUUAUUAUAGAGUAACCUCUUAGGUGUGUAAAUAUCAAGAACAUUUAUUUUCUUCAUUUCAUGACCCCUUUAAAAUGUUUAUUAGUCUGCAGCCAAAUACAAAUGCAUUGUGUCUGUUGUUAAUGGUACGAGAACAAAUUUUGUAACCAAGCAUGGAAUGUAUUUGUCACAAUAAUUUAUUGUCCCUUGAAACUAUUUUUAAAAUAGUUUUAGCUGUAGGAACAUUAAUGACUGCUAUGUUCCGUUGUUUUAGUUUUUAAUUUAGUAAAAUUACAACGUACAGUAUGUUCUUUAGUUAAUUGUCACUAAUGAAGUGUAGCUCUAAAAUACAGUAAUACAUAUAAAAUUGCAUAUCUUCACUUUAUGUACAGUAGUUUACCUUUUGAAAUUUUAUUGUAUCUCACUUCUAUGGUCUACUGUAUUUUUGAUUCAAAGGUUUUAUGAUUUAAAAAUGUACAGUCUAUUAGAGUCUAAGUGUGAAGUGUUAUUCAAUGUCAUUGUCCUAAGUACACUAAUACCUUUUAUUACUUUUUUUUAAAGAAUGCUACUCAGUUACAGGGAAAUAAAUUUUUACUAGGUA